GUCACAUUUAUACUGCAGAGAGGCAGGACCUGACUGAGGAAAGACACAAAAAUCUCACUCUUUUGGAAGCUGCAAAAGAGAAAAACCCCUGAUAUAUGCAAACAAGCAAGAAAACAGCAUGCAGAAUCUUCUCAAAUAAGAGGAGCUACUUUCUGAAGCAUAGUGCUUGCUAAAGGAAUGUCCCUGUGCUUCAUUUUAGUAUAGAAGCCAUAGGAGAUGACCUCUGCUAUGAGCACUGGUAGCUGCUGCUGGUGUCGUUGUCUGUCCAGCCUCAGCCUGGCCUUUCUCUGCCCUUCCCACCUCACCUUCCUCACACCCCUUUGCUUUCCCCUUGCAGGCCAGCGCUCCAUCCGUGUGACAGCUCUCCCAUCUCCAGGGAUCAUCGGCCAGCGCGGCAUCCUGGGCUGCGCUUUCCAGCCCGGCAUCCGCCUGGGCAGCAUAGCGAUCCGGUGGGAGAAGGCAGGAGUAACCGGGCCGGUUCAUGAGUUCCGAGGCGGGCAGGACCAGCUGCAGGAGCAAGCUGCGCUGUUCCAGGGCCGCACGGCCCUCUUCGUGGAGCAGCUGAUGGGCGGCAAUGCCUCCCUGGAGCUGCGGGAUGUGCGGCUCUCUGAUGCCGGCAUUUACCAGUGCUCCGUCACCACGGCCAGCGGGAGCGGGGCAGCGCUGCUGCACUACAGGACUGGAGCCUUCAGCACCCCCAGGGUCCAUGUGGAAAGCAGCAGCAGUGGGGACACGUUGCAAUGUGAAGCACCGCACUGGUUCCCUCAACCCAUGGUGCGCUGGGCAGCCUACAGCGAUGCUGGGGAGUACCUGCCUCACGUGUCCAACACCAGCUACGAGCUGAACGCUGGAAGCAUCACUCUGAAAGUGGUUUCCUUUCUGCACAACAUCACUGCUAACACCACCUACACCUGUGUGAUUGAAAACAGCAUUGCCAAGGCUACAGGCGACAUCAAAGUGACAGAUUUCAACAUUACAAGGGCGACCGACUUGCAGCUGGUUAACCUGGACACAGAGUCAGUGUCCUCCUCCCUUCCAACCUGUCACUGGAUGCUUCUGAUUCCCUUGUAUCUGCUGUUGAUAUAAAGCGUCCCUCAAACAAUCAGAAACACUGCUGGAUGUGGA